AUGCACCUGCUCACGCAGCUCACCGACAACGAGAUGCUGCGCCUGGCUAUCCCGGAGAGCGCGAAGCUCGUGCCCUACGUGACUGGCAGCUGGAAGGCUGUCAAGGUCUUCUUGAGGACAUGCUUGGACCUGUGGUCAACCGCGGAAGACGGCGUACGGAUUGCCGCAUUCGUCGCGAAUACCUACCUGACGCUCGUGCGCUCGUGCAAGUCGACAUCACCGCAUACCCUGCCGUCUAUCAACCUCAUGAAGAAUUCGGCAUCCGAGAUCUACUGUCUGGACCACGCAACCGCAUACCAGCACGCGUUUGGAUACAUCCGUCAACUCGCGAUUUACCUCCGAAACAUCAUGAAGGUGAAGAGCAAGGAGGCAUACAAGCAAGUGGCGUGCGAUAAGGAGAGGUUAAUGGAGAGAAACGGCGCGGAGAGCGAGUUGAAACCUGUCAUCUACCCUCUGGUGCAAGUGUCGCUCGGUUCCAUGAAAUUGAUCCGUAAUCCACGCUCCUACCCCUUCCACCUCCACAUCGUCCGCUCGUUGCUUCACCUGACGCUGUACGAAAAGAAAAAGCCUAAUAUCUUACAGGUCACAGAACAUUACGAGAGGAGGUCUAUCUGA